AAAAAAAAAAAAGGAUCCACCCCGAUCCUUUAUAAGGACGAGCCUCGCAUCUCCUCGACCUGUCGACCUUCGACUGUCGUCAGAGCCAGUCGACAUGUGGCACCGAUCUUUCCUCUCUGCCCUCUGGGUGAUGUGGAGCUUGAGCGCGGGGGACGCGGACGGGACGGAUGCGCCGGGGCGGAGGAAUUUCAAGGUGGUGAUCGUCGGAGGUGGGCUCGCGGGUCUCUCGGCCGCGGAGCAUCUCGCCAGGAAUGGCAUCGGGAACGUCGUCGUCCUGGAGGCGACCGACAGGGCCGGGGGUCGGGUCCAGACGGACACGAGGACGUUCGGCGGGGAGAAGGUGGAGAUGGGGGCCACUUUCGUCCACGGAGGGUCGCUCAACAAUCCCAUCUAUCACCUGGCCAAUCGAUUGCAGCUCUUCUCUUCGCCUCCCAAGAGGGUGACGCAGGAGCAAUGGGUGCAGUCGGACAAGUUCCUCGCCUUCGAUGCCAGAUACAUCGACGAGGACGUCGUCGGCAAUGCCACUCGCCUCUUCGCUGAGGCCCUCGAGAAAAUGGACGAAGACAAUCCCGUUCCCGUCGUGAGGCACUUGAAUCGAUUCCUCCGCGAUGCGCAUUCCGAUUCGGAAUCCGAUUCUCGAGACUUCCAGCUCGUGUGGAAUGCGUUGAAAAACUUGGAGCAAUUGGACGUGGGGGCGGAAUUAGAGAAAGCCUCGACGAUGGAAUUCACAUCCUACCAGGAGCUGACAGGCGGGGACAUGACGACGGCCAAGCCCAUGUCCGAUAUCAUCAGGUACCUCGUGUCCCUGCAUUUUCCGGACAUGUUCAAACUUGGAGAGCCGGUCGCCAAGAUCGGCUGGGACGGUGGGAGCCAUCGAGCGGUCGUGGAAACGGAGGCGGGGAAACGCUACGAUGCCGAUCACGUCAUCGUCACGGUCAGCUUGGGGGUUCUGAAAAACGGCACCGAUCUCUUCCAGCCGCAGUUGCCGAACGAGAAGCUGCAAGCCAUCGAGAGGUUGGGAUUCGGAACGGUGAACAAGAUCUUCCUGGAAUUCGAGAAGCCAUUUUGGAGCGCAGACGAUCAUCACAUCGUACUCUGUCAAAACGCGUCUGCACCCUCCGAUGACUGGAUCCAUCACGUCUCGAGUUUGGACAUGGAACAUCACGGGAAGAAACCUCUGAUGACGCUCUGGCUAGCCGGCGACGCAGCCAUCCGGAUGGAAACGGAACCCGACGACGUGGUCAAGGACAAAUGCACUCGGCUCCUGAGGGAAUUCACGGGGAACCCCUCGCUGGACCCGCCGAAACUGCUCCACCGCACGAAAUGGAUGUCGAACCCCCGCUUCCGCGGCUCGUACUCGUACGUCUCGACACAGUCGAUGCGAGAAGACGCGUUGACUCUGGGAGAGCCCCUGCCCAGCGCCCAGGACCCGAUCCUCCUCUUUGCGGGCGAAGCGACCCAUCCGCAAUUUUUCUCCACCAUGCACGGGGCCUUCCUCUCCGGGAUCCGCGAGGCCGAGCGAGUCGUCGCUCUCCAUCGCUUGAAGGGUUCGAUGUGAUUCUCUUUCGUGUGUGAAGACGCUUCUUUCCAUGGAACACUUCCGCCCACAGCCCUAAAUAUCCGUUCCCCACACCACAUGCCAUGUUUCACUGUGUUUCAUGGCGUCGUGGAUUGCGAUUGUAUAUUUGUACAUCUCAAUAAAACCAUGAGAAUCACG